AUGGGUCUCAUUGGCUUCAUAUCCCGUUGCUUAAGCAAUUGCCUGGGCACGUCCUCCCCUGGUCUUGUCUUCGCCACGUUCAUCUCCUCACUAUUGCUGCUUGCUAUUGUCGCCAAUGUCCUGAGUCAACUGCUGUUCCGCAAUCCCAAUGAGCCUCCUUUGGUCUUUUACUGGGUGCCCUUCAUUGGCAGUACUGUCGAAUACGGGAUUGACCCCUACAGGUUCUUUUUCCAAUGCAGGCAAAAGUAUGGUGAUGUAUUUACAUUCAUCUUGCUUGGAAAGAAGACCACUGUCUGCCUUGGGGUUAAAGGCAAUGACUUCAUACUGAACGGAAAGCACAAGGAUCUUAAUGCAGAGGAGAUAUACAGCCCACUUACGACGCCUGUAUUUGGCAAAGAUGUUGUGUACGACUGUCCAAACGCGAAGCUCAUGGAGCAGAAGAAGUUCGUCAAAUUUGGCCUCACGUCUGAAUCUCUCAAAUCCUACGUGCCCCUAAUUACCUCCGAAGUCCAGUCCUACAUGAAAAGCAGCCCUUUUUUUGCCGUGGACCGCACGCCCGGUACGUUGGAUGUAUCGAAAAUCAUGGCGGAAAUCACAAUCUACACCGCUUCACGCUCCCUCCAAGGCCGUGAAGUCCGCUCAAGAUUCGACUCGACAUUCGCCGACCUGUAUCACGACUUAGACAUGGGAUUCUCUCCAAUCAACUUCAUGCUGCCGUGGGCGCCGCUUCCUCAUAAUCGAAAGAGGGACUAUGCGCAGCAAAAGAUGGCUCAGACCUACCUAGACAUAAUUCGAGAGCGGCGUCAGGCAGGCACUAAGCGCGACUCUGAAGAUAUGAUUUGGAACCUAAUGCAGUGUUCAUACAAAGAUGGACGGCCCGUCCCAGACACUGAGGUCGCCCACAUGAUGAUAGCACUUCUUAUGGCAGGCCAGCACUCUUCAUCAAGUACCUCAGCCUGGAUCCUUCUACGGCUCGCAACCAGACCCGACAUCAUGGACGAGCUUUAUGACGAGCUCAUCCGCGUCCUGGGGCCAGACCUUCCUCCCCUCACCUACGACACCCUACAAAAACUUACAAUGAACGCCCAAGUUGUAAGGGAGACUCUCCGCAUACACGCCCCCAUCCACAGUAUAAUGCGCCGUGUAACUUCUCCGAUGCCUGUCGAGGGCACACCUUACACCAUCCCAACCACACAUGUCCUCCUGGCCGCGCCAGGAGUCACCUCCAAAACCUCAAACCACUUCCCCGAGCCAGACCUCUGGGAGCCACACCGAUGGGACGCGGACUCGCCUCUGAAGGGCUCAAAUAAAGAGACAGAGGCUGAAGAUGAGAAGAUAGACUACGGAUAUGGGCUGGUCAGCAAGGGAGCAAGCAGCCCAUAUCUACCUUUUGGGGCUGGCAGGCACCGCUGCAUUGGGGAGGCUUUCGCGUACGUACAGCUAGGCGCGAUCCUGGCGGAGUUCACUAGAAUGUUGAAAUUGGGGACGGUGGACGGUAAAGCUGGCGUCGUUGGGACGGACUACUCUAGUCUAUUCAGCAGGCCGCUGGCACCGGCUGUGGUGAAAUGGGAAUGGAGGCAACAGCCAGAGAAGACUGCAUAA